CACGCGCUGAACAGUGGCGACGUUCUCGAGGCGGCCGCAGCAACGGUGGCGAACCUUCGCGAGAUGCGUGCACAAGAAAUACGGUCUCCAUAAGUGAACCAUGAUCCGCAGGUCUAGGAUCAGUGUGCGGCCCAACGUGAGGCCUGCCAGCAGGCCUCCGACAGCCUCCAGAGACGCGUCCCAGGAUGACCUCCAGAGGCCGGCAUCCCCCUCGGCCGUCGGCCAUGACACAGGGGCCAAGCCUGCCAACGAGGGCGUCACGCCUGCUUUGGCAGGAGAGCCUGGCGUCAAUGCAGAAACCCAGAAGGACGGCAUGGUGACUCAAGAAAGCUGCAACCCUGUGGCACAUGUUGGGGGCCAGAACUCAGCUCCCAGCCCUCUGGCCACAGUUGGCACUCAGAGGAGGAAACGCAUUUCUGUCUUACCCAACGUUGCCAAGCCCCGAACUGCCGCUGCCUCCACCCCUGCCUCUGCUCCUGGCCCCGCCCACGCUCCCGCCCCUGCCCCUGUUCCUGCUCCUGGCCCCGCCCACGUUCCCGCCCCUGCCCCUGCUCCUGGCCCCACCCAUGUUCCCGCCCCUGCUCCUGCCCCCGCCCACGCUCCUGCCCCUGCCCCUGUUCCUGGCCCCGCCCACGCUCCCGCCCCCGUUCCUGCUCCUGGCCCCGCCCACGCUCCAGCCCAUGCCCCUGUUCCUACUCCUGGCCCCGCCCACGCACCUGCCCCUGCCCUCACUCACUCCUCCUCCAGAACCACAAAGCCUCCAGUGAAAUCUGCAUCAGCUCCCAAGCCUGGGCCUAUAAGUCCCACCCAAACCCCACCAACCGCUUCUCAGGCCCUGCCCUCUACCACACAGGCCCCACCCUCUGCUCCACAGGGCCAUCAUAGCCGAAGACGGCCAGGGAGGCCAGGGAGAGCCUCUGGAGUGGGAAGGAUAUCCAGAGCUCCGUCUGUGACUCCGUGCCCUCUGGCCCCCUCUGAUGACUGCAUGGAGGAGACCCCUGUAGUCUCUCUGGAAAAAGAGCAUGAAGGAACACAGGAAACUGAGUCACUGUCAGCCAAUCAGGAAGCAGGAAUUUCUUGCUCCUCUAAAGAAUUACAAACAUCAAUUUAUGAAAGCCCAUCUGGGUUGUCUGAGUCUUGGCCUGCUCCGUCUGAGAGAAAGACCAUCGUACUAGAGAAGCAAGACGGUGACUCUCCAGGGAAAGGUCAGCUGGGUGGAAAAACCCACCCCCGGUCCAUAACACACAUCCCACUGGCGCUGAUGACCCUGAAUGACCCCGGGGACCGGCUCAGACUAGCCAGGGCCAAGAAACUCCGAGAACUCCUGAAGAAGGCAAUGCGAAAAGACAAGCUGAAAGAGAAACAGCAGAGGCCCAGGGUGGGGAGUAAGGAGCCUAAAACAGUGAAAGAUCACACCAAGAUGACCAUGAGGGAGCUGAUUUACUACCUGCCUCCAUCCAACCCCAUGACGUCAUAUACGGAGGACGAGCAGAGAGUCACUGAGAUGGUGUUGCCGUCCUCUCCAACAGAAAAGCCCCUAGUGUCACAGCCCGUCUGCCCAGAGCCUGUGGAAGCAGCUGAGGAAGACGAGGAGAUGGUGGGGAGCAGGCUGGAGGAGGACGAGUCUCUGCUGGCGCCCAGGGUGAAGGUGGCAGAGGAUGGCUCUCUCAUCAUAGACGAGGAGAGUUUAACUGUGGAAGUGCUGAGAGUCAAGGGGCCCAACCCAGCGGAGGAGAGAGACCCCAUCUUUGAGCGCGGUUCCACCACCACCUACUCCAGCUUCAGGAAGGGCACGUACACCAAGCCCUGGUCCAUCCGAGAGACAGACAUGUUCUUCUUGGCUAUCAGCAUGGUGGGGACGGACUUCUCCAUGAUCAGCCAACUUUUCCCACACCGUGCUCGUAUAGAGAUUAAAAACAAGUUCAAGAAGGAAGAGCGCACAAACUCCUGGAGAAUAGACAAGGCUUUCAAGGAGCGGCGUUGUUUGGACCUCGAGUUCUUCAGCGACCUGCUGGGGAAAAUCCUCAAGGACGAGGACAACAAACGCAAGAAGAAGAAGAACUCGGCCAAGCUGGCCAAAGCAGCCCAUGCCCCCCAGGGAAAGCCAGCAGCGAGGAAGAGGAAGGCCCGGUCUUCGUGCUCAGAGGAUGAGAGCUCAGGCAGUGACGUGAUGGAGGGAGAGAAAGAGAACGAGGACGUGUGUAAUGAUGGAGGACUCACCGGCGCCCCCAUCAGGCCCAGGAGGAAAACCGCAAGGGCGUCCCCAAAGAAGAGUGGAUGGACAAACAAGCCAGCGGAGGAGGAUGAGUCAGAGUACAGUACAUCUGAGGAGCGGUCCCCUGUGGACAGGUCCCAGGAACCUGAGUCAGCAGGAGAGAAGCCAGAGAGCUGUGGGGUUCGGCCAGCCCAGAGACUGCUGCCUGACGUGGACCGGAGGUGGGGGAGCAGGGGCGCAGCGGUGUCGAGGAAGACCCCAGAUCCAGGCGGCCCGGCCGGGGGCGAGAGACUUGCGGACGGGCCUUCGGAGGAGGAAGAGAGAAGGUACACUUCUGAUGUCAUUUCCUGUGGGUUGGAAGAUUCCGAGGAAGAGGAGGAGCCUAAUCUCGCAGCCAUUCAGGAGAACAUUUUCAACAAGCCAACCAGGUCGGGGAGGAUUCCCAAACUCUCCCAGCACGUGAUCCGCGCAGCAGCCAGUGAAGAGGAUGAGGAGGAGCCUUCCUCUUGCCCUCCUCCGGGGGGCAGUCACACACGAGCCCUGCUGGGCUCUGGCCGCAGGGGCCAGAUGAAGGCGGGACCCAGCCUGACCCGAGGGCUGCCCCGCUGGGGUAAAUCCCGCCUACUCACCUUACUGGCCUCUACCGAGGAGGAGGAGGAGGAGGAGGAAGAGCAGGUCCCUGCCGGUGCCGAGGACGAGAAUCAGGUGUUUGUGCCGAUGGGGCUGCGCACUGUGGCACCUGUGAGCACAGAGGUGGAGGAAACCAUGGAAGAGCUGGACAUCUCUGUGAACGUUCCUGAAGUCCUGGGAAUAUCCCACAAUGGCGUGUGUCCUGAGUCUUUGUGCAAGAACGCUCUGUCCCCUACUGGGUCUGUUCCCUGCGAGCACCAGCUUGACCUGCUUGUAGAUGUGAUCGAGUUCCUGACUCCGGACCACAUGGAAGUGUCUGAAGAGAGUUAUGCUGAGGCAGCUAGGACCCUGCUGACCAUCGGCCACGCAGCUCACGUGACCCCCACAGCAGAGGCAGUCAUGGGCCAUGCAGCUCACGUGACCCCCACAGCAGAGGCAGUCAUGGGCCGCGCAGCUCACGUGACCCCCACAGCAGAGGCACUCAGCACAGGUGAUGUUAUCUUUGUUGAAGAUCCAAGGCUUUCACAACAGGUAGUCCAGCAAGAAGUUGUUUUAGAAACAACUGACCACUCAGAGCCCAGACCUGAAACCAGCCGUGAGGACACCUUUGACCCUUGUGUCAGUAUCGUCUUAGACUGCAGUGGUGGUGCUGACCCAGUUGGUAAUGUCUGUGAGGGUACUGCUAGUACUCCAGAACCAACUUCCCAGCAAGACUCCAACUUCAUGGAAGAGCCAGUGGUUUCACAGGAAACCGAUGACCUGCUUGGCGACAGCCAAUCAGGGGCCUCCAACACCACCGUCCUACAGAGGGUCCACCUCCUUAGACCCAAACCCAACCUGUCGACAAUCCCCAGACGCACACAGGUCCAGCAGGAGGAGACGCCACCAGACCCUGGCCCUGCUGCCCAGAACCUCCUCACGGUGGCGCCAUCUCAGGGUGCUACAGAAGCCCGAAUGGUGAAAACCUCACGAGACCCUGGUGAGGCAGGUUCCACACCAACCCUGACUGGACCAGCUGGAGCUUGGGAGCGGGUGAGCGCUCCUGACCGGACAGCCCGUGUGAAAGGAGAAGGGGACAGACCCGGGCUGCCCCCCGACACACCACCAGAGGGUGGAGCCUCCGCUGGUGUGGUGGAGGUGGAGCAGCAGAGCGUGGAGGUGGAGAAGACCAUGGAGGUGGAGAAGAAUCAGCAGCCCCAACAACCACACGGCGUACAUGAACCGCAGACAGGAUCUCAUGGUUCUGAGAGUUCGGUCCAGCCCUCUCAGGCUCUGCGAAGGUUCCGUGGCCCAAAACCGAAACCCAACGUGGUCGGGUUCUCCAGAAACAGAACCCCUCGAACACAGACCCAUCAGAGCCCAGCAGUACCCACUGAGGCACAGGCUGCUGUGAUAUCCACAAACACUUUCACUGAUGCCCAGAGUACAGGAGGGGGCGGUCAUGUCACCCUAGAACCUGACAUGUCCCUAAACGCAAAGAGAGAGAGCGAGCUACCCUUGGACUCAGUAAUGGUGAGAAGGCCGAAUCUCCAUGUGCAGAUCUCACCUAUCAUCUCUGAGGGGAGGAAGGGAAGCAACCCUGAGGCUCUUGUAAGGAGCUUCGUGGAACCUUAUGGAAGCACGUCACGCGUCAUGUCUGCUCACCUUCCGCUUGAACCUGUCCCCGCCUCUGAAGAGCCUAUAUUUAUUUUGUCUCUCACGGAAGUCCCGCCCACUGUAGUCAGAGAGGAGGAGCAUGGGACUGAGCCACUCCCAUUUCUUGAGACAUCAGAAUUGGUCGCCGAAACACUCAGUACUGGUGGCCCAAGUCCAGCAGGUGAGCCGCCCUCUCCCCUGGUCUUCCCUGAAGUGCUGGUGCCUGUUUCAGAAGAUCAGGAGAGAGACGUGGGGGAUAGAGAGCAGAGCAGAGCGUGUGACCGGAUCGGAGUGGAGAAGAAUCCUGCGAUGGGAUGGAGUGUUGCGCAACGCGUGGAACCGUCGAUAAGUUCAGCAGCAGAGGGGAGCAGCGAAGAGACGGACUGUCCUGCUAAGCAGUGUAAACGUCCAGAGAGCACUAGAAGAGCCAAGCUACAGAUCCGACCCAACCCAGUUCAGAGGAAAAGCCACCACAGUCUUCCUGCUAAGAGGCGUCCAACACCACCGCCCUCAGAGAAGAGCAGUGACACGCCUACCUCCUCACAGGAGACCACGCCCACUGCUGAAACUGUACCAGUAACCAGGACUAAAGCCCCUCCCACUCCACUGCCCUCUUUUCCAUCUCAGCCCUUCACCAUGGACAUGACCACACCUGAGUCAGCCUCUCAGCCUUCCUCCCAAAGCAUUGUGGGACAGCUGGACCUCCCACAAGUUAAGAAAACAGAGGCUGCUGGCAUAGAGGAAGCGGAAGCGAAUGGAUCAGGGGCAGAGUCACAGCCUGUCAGGCAGAGCACCCCUGCGGCUGCGACUGGCACUCUAACGAGACCCGGCAGGAGACCCAGGGGAUUCCUGUCCUUCAUGUCCAGUGCGGGCACGCUGGGAUCCUCGCCGAGCAAACGCACCUCCCAGAGACCUGUCGCCCACACGGCUCGUGCCAACCAAAGACGGGCUGCACCAGGAACCCUGACCUCAGUGGGCCGGGCGGCACCUGCUUCCCAGUUCUGCAGGGUGACCCCCUCGCCAGCCAGCAGCCGGCCACCAGCACCCGCUACACCACAGCAGUGUGAGACCUCAGGCACAAACCCACCUGCAGAAGAAGAACCUACCAGUGUGUCUGCAUACUUCUUCAAUGACAUCUUUACCAUGGUGGAUGAACUGGAGAUGAUGGAGUCAAAAGACUGACCUCUAGAGGGAGCAGGUCGAAGGGCACGCGAGUGAUCUCCAACCCUCUGAUGAAUGGACAUGGAGAGUGGAAUGGAUGUUCUUACACAGUUGUAAUUCUUAAUUCAUGACUGAGCUCAAGUCAAACAUUAUACCUCACACCUGGACCGAACCAGAAGACAUAUAAAAAUGAUCUCCUCAUUUCACUAGUGUUAACCGUUGGAGCGCUUGGUUAACGUGGCAUUCUUAAACUAUCGUGAUUGGUGGUCUGUCUGUUUUAUUUCUUAAUUAUGUUUUCUAAAAAAACCCCACAAAUGUUUUCACCUUUCACCUUUAGUUCUGUCCACCCCAGCAGUUCACCUCAGUGUGAAUGUCUCACCCAGAGUUCUGGUCCCACCUCCAUCCAGCUGACUGUCAAGGGGCCUUUCUCGGCUCUGCCACGUCCGAGGUGUUCACCCUCACCACACCUGCCUCCCCAGUUCCGUGCUUGACUUGUUUUGAAGUUUUUUAACCAUUUAAUGUAUGAGGAAGCUUUUGAAACUGCUGUGCUGUAUGUACAGGUGUUUUAUAGCAGCAUGGUGCAUUUUAGCCUACUAGCAGGGACAGUACUAACAGUGAUUUUCUUUCUUCAGCUUCUAUGGUCAGACGCUGCAUGUUUAUUAAUCUUCUCUGUUAUACACCACGAAGCUUAAUGAACUGGAUCAUAUUGCUUUCAUAUUCCAGUUGUUUGUAUUCAUGAUGAACUAUACAAAAGUGUAAAUAUGUUAAUAAAAGGUGUGCUGUACUGUCACUUAA